AUGUCAGACAUCGUCAACGUCGUCGCCACGAUUUGUCUGGUGUGGGUGGGCAUUGUCUUCCUGGUCCAGAUUAUCGGUCUCACAGCCUGCUUUCGAUAUGUCUCCCGUCGGCCACCCCCCUCCGUCUCCUCAAAGUUUGGGCACGAUGCUCCCCUCGUGACCAUCAUCCGUCCAGUCAAGGGCCUCGAGCCUAACCUCUACGACUGCAUCGCCUCGACCUUCCGACAAGAUUAUCCCCGCGACCGCAUCUCUGUUCGCCUCUGCGUCGACGAUGAGUCCGACCCUUCCUACCCAGUCCUCCAGAAGGUGCUCGGCGACUUCCCUGGCUUCGACACCCAGAUCCUCGUCGAGGCCCAAGACCCCGCCCUCCAUGGGCCGAAUGCGCACCUCAAGCUCGGUCCGAACCCCAAGGUUCGCAACAUGAGCCGAGCGUACCGAGAAGCCAAGGGCGACAUCAUAUGGGUCAUGGACUGCAAUGUCUGGGCGGCCAGUGGGGCACUCGGCCGCAUGGUAGACAAGUUGAUGGGCUUCGGAGCCGAGAAGGCACGGACGACACCAUACAAGUUCGUCCACCAAAUGCCCCUUGUCGUCGACACCAUCGACUAUACCGAGCCGACGUCCGCCUCUCGCCAGGCGCUGUUGUCAUCUACCUCCGAGAGACCCUCCAGCCCAGAGUUGAUGGCCGGAGCGGCAGACGACCUGCUCACCCGCAUCUCUCGUAACGGGGGUGGAAGACUAGACGAGAUGUUCAUGGCCACGACCCACGUCAAGUUCUAUGGGGCCAUCAACGCCGUUGGCAUUGCGCCCUGCAUCGUAGGGAAGAGCAACAUGUUUCGCAAGUCGCAUCUCGACCAAGUGACCACUGAGUCGCAAAAUCCCAUCCUCAAGAAGGGUGAGAACAAACUCACGGGCGUCGACCACUUCUCAUACAACAUAUGCGAAGACCAUUUGAUAGGCGACCUGCUUUGGCGAUCCGACAUCCCCGGACACUGGAACCACGGCCUCGUGUGGGGCGACCUGGCGCUUCAGCCCCAAGCAGGCAUGUCGGUCAUGGCAUACAUUGGGCGUCGCGUGCGCUGGCUACGUGCACGUAAGUUUACCGUUCUUGCAGCGACACUGGUUGAGCCCGGUGUCGAGUCCCUGCUUUGCUGCGCCUACCUGGCUUUUGCUCUCACCACGCUACCUUGGGUUCAUGAGAAGACUGGUAUCCCCCAGACCUGGGGUGCUAUGGCGUCGACAUGGGCCGUGGCCGUUCUCACCUGGAUGUGCGUCGACUGGUUCACGUUUCGUCUCAUCCACUCCGGGCAGACUGUCGAUGUUGACCAGGACACGCCGCACUGGGCGCGAGGAACUUCCCACCAUGCGGGGAUGCCGAGGCGUUCCUUCGGCGAAUGGAUCUUGGCUUGGAUUGGGAGGGAGUUCUUGGCGUUACCGAUCUGGACAUGGGCUGUGCUUCUUGGCACCACAGUGAACUGGCGGGGAAAGACGUUUCACGUCCGGCUCGACACGUCUGUUGUUGAUUUGACCAACAAGCAACCGACACGGGGGUCGCGGACUCCCGAAUUAGAAAGAGGCAGGCGGUCGAGCAAAGACCGACUAGACUAG